UUGACAGGUCACGUGAGUGUAUUCAGGCACCUAUUGUGUUUAUUGGCACUGAAAUAAAUUAAAGGAUCAGUUUUCUAGCCAGUCUUGUAAUCAUUUUUAAUCGCAUCAGACUCAGACCCCCAUAUAAAGCUCCAUGUAGCAUCAUUAGAAGGUACGAAAGGGCGCUUCCUUCUCGUUACUGAGAUGGCGACAGUUAGAACGAACGGAGCAAGAAAUGAGCAUUCCGAGGAGUUUAACACACAAGUACAACUGUGCAGGUGCUGCGUUGCCAUUCUGUUGCUAUGUGCAAUCGUCCCCACUUGUGUUAUACGGCAGCUCAAGCUCAAAGUCAUCAAUUGCCGUUCUUGCCGAGACUGAGGUAGGUAAAUGAGCUACUGAGAAUUAGGCUUCCAAAGGAACAUUGAUGCGGCGAAACGGUAAACUUGGAAGCAGCAGUAGGAAUAACAGGAAGUCGC